AUGUCGAGUAGUCUUUGGGCUUUAGCGCUGGAGGAGCUGGUUCAUCAUCUAGUGGACAGACAAGAAGAGAAUCCCAAAGACUGGCUGUUCGCAUUAAGUGAAAUAAUGAGCAGAGACACGUUUGCACAUAUGAUAGUCAUUUUGUGGGCUAUAUGGAGGGCUCGGAGGAAAGCGAUCUACGAAGAUAUUUUCCAAUCGCCACAUACCAUAUAUGGUUUCAUAACGAGCUAUCUUCAAGAUAUUAACUCGAUCAGCAUGAAGGAGGUUCAGCAUAGAGUCCAGAGCGUGAACAGGCCAUCACAUUGGCAACCUCCAGCCGCUAAUUAUGUCAAGAUCAACGUUGAUGCCGCUGCACCGAGGAAUGCCAGAUAUGGGGCGGUCGGGGCUAUAUGCAGAAGUUCAGAAGGAACGUUCCUGGGAGCGUUGGUGCUGGUGGUGAGGCACGUUACCGAUCCACAGAUCCUUGAAGCCAUCGCAAUUAGGAAAGGAUUAGCGCUGGCCGACGAUCUCUACCAGAGGCGAGUUCAUGUUGCUUCGGACUGCAAGAAUGUGGUGAAUGAUCUGAAGAAGGAGAAUGCAUCAUCAUAUGGAGCGAUUGCACAUGAAAUUAUAAACCACUCUUUAGCUUUUGAUUUUUGUAAGUUCAGUCAUGAGUUUAGGAGCUCAAAUUUUUAA